AUGGUUAUGACAAUGAACAUCGGAGAUGUAGCGGCACUAUCAAUCAACGGAACCGAAGAGUGGAUGCCAUGGAAGGGUGAUUUCGCGUUUAAGAUACUUCACUAUGGGCAGUCGAGCAACAACGGUAAGGGAUCAGAUCUGUACAAGAUGGUGUUUGUUCCGUUCACAGGCAUUGACAACCACUGUCGGAAUGUAACACUCUCAGCUGGGUUGUUGGCAUCAGAGAGUAUUGAAUCAUAUAAAUGGCUUCUAAAUUCAUUUUUAAAGUCAUUUGGUCGGCAGCCUAAUGUUGUAGUGACGGAUCAAGACCCUGCUAUGAAACAGGCUAUUGAGGAGGUUGGGCACGAGUUGUGCAAUAAUGAUGAGUUUAAAAGGAGGAUGUGCGACACUGUUUGGACUGAUUCGAUUGAGCCCGAAGAAUUCGAGAGACAGUGGAGGUUGGUGAUGAUUGAGUUUUGUCUUACUGAAAACAAAUGGAUUGAUGAUAUGUUUGGGAUGAGAUCCAUGUGGAUUCCAGCUUUUUACCGGCAUGAGCCAAUGUCAGGUCUUAUGAGAACAACUUCAAGAUCAGAGAAGAUUCAUGGAACAAUUUCCGAAUGUUUGCCGAUGGACACCAAAGUUGAAGGUCCACGUAUCAGAAUAUUGUUGAAGGACUUUAAAGCACAUGGAGAUGGUUUAUUGGAGGUGUGGUUCAAGAAUCUUGAAAAUGAUGUAACUGCACAGUGUAGCUGUUUGCGUUUUGAGCAGUAUGGGCUGCUAUGUAAACACAUCUAUUUUCUUUUCAAGAUGUUUGGUGUUAAAGAAAUUCCAAACAAAUAUGUUACGAAGAGAUGGACGAAGGAUGUGGUGCCCAAUGAGUUAAAUGUGAAGUAUAAUCUAAAUAUUGGUGGUAAGGAUGUGCAACACAAGGCUAAACGGAUUGCUCGUCAUGACAUUCGGACUUGCGAGGAGCUGAAAGCCAAACAACAAGGUAAACAGCAAAAAAAGAAGAUGAAGGGUGUCCAGAUUGAAGAUGGUUUGAGAGACAAAGACAAUGAGGGUGAAGACGACGAAGAGGAAGAUGACUUUGAAGAUUACAUUAGUGAUGAUGGAUCUGAAGAAGAUCAGUGGGAAGAGGUGUCUGGAGAUGAAGAUGACGAGGAUGAGUAA